AUGAUAGUAGGGGAUCUAAAUGCUGCAUUACAGCAUAUGGGUUCCCGAAAAACAAAUGCAAAAGGAAGACAAUUACAAGACUUAUUAGAAGAAGGUUAUUUAUACUGCAUUGAAGACGAUAGUUCAACAUAUGAGAGAAAUGAUUAUGAAGAAAAGAUUGAUUGGAUCAUUGCCAGUCAGCCCCUUCUGACAUUCAUCUCAAAUGUUGAAACACAUCUAACUAUUGGUUCAACAAGCGGUCAUAAACCUUUAACACUCGAAAUUUCAAUUGGCGUGGAACACAAACCAACAUCACCUCGAACUUCUUUCAGCUUCAAAGCUGCUAAUUGGAGCAAAUUUAGAAAAAUUCCAAAUGAUCAAUUACAGCUAUGGAAUCAAUCGCGGACAAUCAACACAACAAUGAAGAUAGAAGAAUAUAACAUGUUCAUCACAAAUAGCCUAUUAGUAGCUACACAGGCAGCCAUACCAAAAUUGAAACAAGCAACUUCUAGUUACAUAAUCAGUGAAGCUACAAGAAGCUUAAUCAAAACGAAGCAUCAACACUAUAGAAGAUGGAGAAAGGAUGGUCAAGAGACAGACAAACAACUUUAUUAUAAAUACAAAUUACUUUUGACAAACUCUCUUCGAAAUGAUCGUAAAGAUCAUUACAAGACGCUUAUGUCGUCGUUAUGUCAAAAGAAGAUGUUUUCUGAAUCAGUCUGGUUAACGGUCAGAAAAUUCCAUCAAAAAAGAAUCAAACAAUCGUUUCCUCGGAUCAUGAAAUACAAUAAUAUUGUUGCAACAUCAGAAAAGGAGAAGGCAAAUGUUUUUGCUGAAUUCUUUCAAAGCGAAAUCUAUGCAGCUCCUAACAAUACAUUGCCAUUUCAUGAUCAAGUGUCGAAUCAAGUCAACGUCAUCAGAAAUCGAAUGCAGAACACAGCUGACAUUAAAUGGAAGAAAAUAACACCAGAAGAAGUUAAAUGGCAUAUGAAACAACUUAGAAACAGUGCGACAGGUCCUGACAACAUUCACAACAGAUGUUUAAAGAAUUACACGUCGCAACUGAUCGACCAUUUAACUCUGCUCUUCAAUUCAAUCGUCGAUGUGGGUUACAUUGCAAUCAUGUGGAAAAAGGCUAACAUUAUUCUUCUAUUGAAGCCAAAUAAGGGCAAGCAACAGCCGUCAAGUUAUCGUCCAAUUAGUCUGCUAAGUUGCCUUGGCAAGCUGUUGGAACGUAUAAUCAAACAGCGUCUGUUGCUCGAACUCAACGCUCGAAACAUCUUACCACAACAUCAAGCAGGAUUCCGACCGAAGAGAAGUACUAUGUAUAACAUAGUGCGUAUUGAACGUUACAUCAAAAGUCAACUGCAUCAUCCGAUGAAAAGAAGACAUGCAGCAGCGAGCUUCUUCGGCAUCGAAGCUGCUUUUGACUCGGUUUGGCAUGAAGGCUUGAUUUACAAAUUCAAUGAUCUUCGACUUCCAACUUAUAUCAUAAAAUAUCUUAUAUCGUUCCUCGAGAAUAGAACUGCUACUGUUGAACUAGAUAACACGUUAUCGCGCUUGUUUACUCUCAGUAGUGGGACACCUCAAUGUUCACCAUUAUCUCCAUUAUUAUACAUCAUUUAUACUUCUGACUUGAUGAAUGGAAUACCACCACAUACAGAACAUGGACUGUUCGCCGACGAUACAGCUUUAUGGACAUCUUCGCAUCAACUUGCAAACUUAAACAAUAGACUUCAACAAUCAAUCAACGAGUUUGAAAAAUGUUGCAAAGCAUGGAAACUAAAGCUGCAACCAAUCAAGACCGAAUUAGUUCAUUUCAGCAUUCAUCCUCGAAAGAAGUACAAAAAUCCGGUGCAAGUUAAAGUGGAAGACAUCAUCAUUCAACCAGCAACUUCCACCAGAUAUUUAGGAGUGAUAAUUGACAAUCGUUUAAGUUGGAGAACACACCAGAAACAAGUCGAAACAAGAAUUGCAGCGCGGUUAAGUUUACUUCGUUUUCUUAAUCGAGCUGCAAUUGAACCGAACCACAACAUCAUGAUAAACUUAUACAAGUCACUUAUAAGAACGGUCAUCAUAUAUGAUUAUCCGGUUCUUCUAUCUGCCGAUAACAAAAUAUGGGACCGUAUUCAAAUCGUCCAAAACAAAGCACUUCGAGUAGCAUUAGGUUUACCACAUUAUACGUCUGUCGAUUCUAUCCAUUGA